AAGCCAUAGAGUAUUUGUGGCUCUAGACGCCUCUUCAAACAAAAGGUUCUCAAAUUUACACCAAACCCACAAAAACAAUCUCUCCAAAAAACACACACAAAAACCCCACAAACCAUUUCUCAUCACAAACACACAAACACCAACACCUCUGAUUCCUGAUCCUUUUCAUGGCAACAUCAUCAGUUACUGCAACUGGGUUUUCUUCUUCCUUCCAUGGAAGUUGGGGAACUUCCAUUACAGGUGAAGAUUACGCCACCAUGGUGUCAAAAACCACACCCAACCAGGUUCGAGUUGGAAAGCCCUUAAGAUCUGGCCCGAUGAUGGGAAACGUCAAUGAAGGAAAAGGUCUUUUUGCCCCUUUAGUUGUCGUCACUCGUAACAUCGUUGGAAAGAAGCGAUUCAAUCAACUUAGAGGAAAAGCAAUUGCUUUACACUCACAGGUAAUCACAGAGUUCUGCAAAUCUAUUGGGGCAGAUUCUAAGCAACGACAAGGGUUGAUUCGUUUGGCAAAGAAGAAUGGUGAAAGACUAGGAUUCCUAGCUUAAUACUUUAGUGUGUAAGUUCAAGAUCAAAGAGUUCAUAUUUCAUGAGAAAGUUAAAAUUGUAACUUUAUAGCAUGUAUUAAGAUCUUCCAGAUGUAUAUACUUUCCUCAUCUGGUUCCCAUCAAACAUAUAAAUCAAAUUCAUGUA